UCAGAGGACAUGAGAAAAAUAAGUCUUAAAACCCUUUCACUUUCGAAUUCUUUGUCACGCACAGAACGAGGAAAUUAUCAUUGACGCUUUGCCAGUCGCCAGUUGUCAUUUUGAAAACUACAGAAACCAAAAAACAGAAUUAGUUUAUCAUCUUUAAUACAUAAUGGCUCUUUUCCAAGUAACUGGUUUUAAGCAGUAUGCUGAACUUCGUGAACAGAUUCUUCCAUCUGGAAAGACGCAUCUCGUAGACCGAACCAACCACUACAAUUUCGGGACCAAAACUCAGGAAUUCGCUGUACCUGUGGGUGUAGACCCAUCAGGUUUUCUCAAGUCCUGCAACCGUGAAGGGGGUGUGUGUAUAGACAUGAACCACGGUACGACCACCCUGGCCUUCAAGUUCAAACAUGGAGUCAUCGUGGCUGUGGACUCCAGAGCCUCUGCUGGCCGUUACUUAGCAUCCAAUGAUGUCAACAAGGUGAUAGAGAUCAACCCGUACCUGCUGGGCACCAUGUCGGGCAGCGCUGCAGACUGCCAGUACUGGGAGAGACUCCUGGCCAAAGAAUGCAGGCUGUACAGGCUGAGGAACAACCACAGGAUCUCAGUGGCUGCUUCCUCCAAGCUGCUGUCUAACAUGAUGGUGGGUUACAGAGGCAUGGGCCUCUCUAUGGGAAGCAUGAUCUGCGGAUGGGACAAAGAGGGUCCUGGGCUGUACUAUGUGGACGAUAACGCGACCCGUCUGUCCGGCCGUAUGUUCUCUACCGGCUGUGGCAGCAGUUUCGCCUAUGGUGUGGUGGACAGCGGUUACCGGGAGGACAUGACGGUGGAGGAGGCAUAUGAACUGGGCCGCCGGGGCAUCGUUCACGCUACGCACAGGGACGCCUACUCUGGAGGGUUUGUCAACAUGUACCACAUGCGGGAGGAUGGCUGGAUAAAGGUGUGUAAGGAGGAUGUAUCCGAGCUGAUCCACCGCUACAGGAAGGGGAUGUUCUGAGUUUGACCCAGAUCAACCUAUUUUGUCAAUAUUUCAAUAUAUUUUUUUCAAAAGUAUCUUGGAAUAGUUGACAUCUGAUUUUGGAAAUGAAUGACCCAACUUUGUCUCCAAGAGUGUGUGUUGCAUUCCUGAUUCGGGAUCAAUAAAUGUAUGUAUGAAGAUGCUGCGUAGAACCAUUUAUUUAGCUACAUAAGAAGCUGAACUUUGCAAGAGCAUGUUGUCAUGUUGUUGUUUGUUUGUUUUUGUUCUUUAUGGUGUGUAACAGAGGUAUUUUGUAUGUUAAUACGUACAAGGUUAUGUAAUGCAUUUUGCAGUUUAUUCUAGCCAUGCAACCUCUAAAAAUAAUUGUACUAAUACUUUACAACACUCAGAUCUAAAUAAAGACUGUUGGUCAACUCAU